AUGUCUCGACCUUCAACCGUCGAAAUUCAAUCUAUUCGUGAUGGUAAAGCUUCAAUAGAACACCAGAUAGAUAUUCAUGAAAGUCGUCAAUUAUUAUCUCUUGCAAAUGUGUUAGAUGGAUUACAAUAUGUUAUGAACUAUCGCCUUAAAGGCGGUAGACUUCCAAACUUGGAUUUUGAAAUAAUGAAACGUUUAUGUGAAGGACUAUUAUUAAAUAUGUCCUAUAUGGAGGGUGGAUUGCUAAAACGAAAGAUGACCCUGGAGGCUAAUAGAGCUUUCAUCCUCUUUGGAGAAUUUAUGGAAGAAGUGGAAGAAUUUCGUCAAGCUGUUCGUGAAAAAAAUGUUUCCGAUCUUUAUCACGCUCUUAAACUUCAUCGUCGAUGUAAAGAUGUUGAUCCAGCAGUCAAACAAUCUGUAUUUUCGGAUUGGCGUGAAUUAGUAAAAGAUGAAGAACAAGGUGAUGUUGAAAAAUUGAUCAAAGAGUUCACGGAUGUAAUUAAGAAACCUAGAAUGCCAUCACUUCAUGGCGUUGCAUUACCUCCUCCAUUAUUGAAAAUGUUUCGCACAUCAUUAACUGAUGGCUUACCCGCAACCGAAAUACCAGUGCUAUUGAAACACUAUGGAUCUAAUCAACUACCUAAACCUCCAAAAACUUCUAUCCUUAGUAUGCUACUUAAUCAAUUAAAAGAUUUUAUGGUAUUAAUAUUGAUAGCUGCGGCAAUUGUUACUGCGGCGUUAGGUGACUUUAAGGAUAUGGGUGUACUGUUAUUUGUCAUCGUUCUUAAUACCAUAAUCGGAUUUACACAAGAAUACAAAGCAACAAAAGCUUUAGAGGCUUUACAAAAACUAUCUGUUCCAAAAGCUCAAGUAGUGCGUGAUGGUCAACAAAUGAUUAUUGAUUCCUCACAACUUGUUCCGGGUGAUAUAGUUGUUCUUGAAGAAGGUGAUGCAGUUCCUGCUGAUGUGCGUAUUGUAGAAUGUUCAAAUUUAGAAGUUAUCGAAUCAAUCUUGACUGGAGAAAGUCUUCCGGUCAGCAAAAAUACUAAAAAAAUUUGGACAGCGACAAGGCAUCAUCCAUUAGGUGACUGCAAGGGAAAUGCAUUCAUGUCAACUACAAUUGCCAGAGGUCGUGUGGCUGUUACAACUGUAACAAUGGCUAUCGGUGUUCGUCGAAUGGCAAAACGUAGUGCAAUAGUAAGAACUUUGCCAGCUGUAGAAACACUUGGCAGUGUUACUGUUAUUUGUUCAGAUAAAACAGGUACCCUUACCGAAGGAAAAAUGGGUCCAAUAGAGUUAUGGACUGCAAAUGAUUCAUUAUAUACCUUCACAAAGCCAACUUCUAUGGAUCCAAAUGAGGGUGAUAUUUUAUUCCUUUCCGCAAAGCAUAAUCAAAAGGGCUUUGAAUUACAUGAUGACUCAAUACAAUCGCAAAAAUCGGAUAAAAUGGUUUACAAGUCAUUAAAUCCUAAAGAAGUUCCAAGAAAUCCACAAAAUGUGCCACCACAUUUGAUGACCGCAUUAAUGGUUUCUUGUCUAUGUAAUAAUUCUUCUGUCAUCCAAGAAAAUGAUGGUGAAUGGAAAGGAGUUGGUGAUCCAACUGAGGUAGCACUGUUACUCGCAGCACAAAAAGGUGGACUGCCAAAGGGUUACUGGGAGAAAGAUUGCGGAUUCGUUAAAAUUCAUGAAAAGGCGUUUGAUAGUGAACGUAAAAUCAUGAGUGUUGUUUAUAAGAUUGAAGAUUCUACAUUAUUAGGACAUUCAAAGCCAACAAAACUAGUACUUGUUAAAGGAGCACCAGAGGAAUUGCUUCGAAAGUGUACACAUCAUCUACCAGAAGUUGAGUCAACGGAAAUAGAUUUACCAUUUGAUAUAAUUUUUGGACAAAAAGAAAGAUGUCAACCGAAAGAAUUAUCAGAUAAUUUUAUUGACAUUGUUUCGGAUCAAACUUUUAAAAUAGUUUAUGAUGAUAUAUCUUCGUCGUCUAGAAUUUCUCAUGAUUCUGAGAAAAGUCAAGACACUCCAACUGUUAAUCCUUUAUUCGAUGAGACAGAUUUAACAUUUGUUGGUCUAAUCGGACUAAUAGAUCCACCUAAAAAAGCAGUCAAAGAGUCCAUUCGUAAAUGUAAGGAGGCUGGAAUUCAGGUUAUAAUGAUAACUGGUGAUCAUAUAGCUACAGCCACAGCAAUAGCCAAAGACAUUGGCAUUAUCGAACCGGGAGAUCCGAAUACGUUUGACCUGCUUUCCGAGCAAGCAAUAAAAGAAUUGAAUCCAUUUCCAAGUGUUUUUGCACGCGUUAGUCCUGAUAACAAACUUAAGAUCGUUCAAGCUUUACAAAGCCUUGAAAAUUCAGUAGCCAUGACUGGUGACGGAGUUAAUGAUGCACCUGCAAUUAAAGCUUCAGAUAUAGGAAUUGCUAUGGGAGUAAGCGGCACGGAAAUAACAAAACAAGCAGCAGAUAUUGUUCUAGCAAAUGAUGAUUUUUCAACAAUUGUUAUAGCGGUAGAAGAAGGCAGACAAGUGUUUGACAACAUUCUUAAAUUCAUAGUAUAUCUAUUAACUGAUGUACCACCUGCAAUGUCACUUGGUAUAGAGCCGGCAGAAGGAGAUUUAAUGAGACGUAAACCAAGAGAUCCAAAUUCAGGUGUACUUAACAUUUACACGACCUCAAUUUUAUUAAUGCAAGCAUCGGUAAUGGCAUUAGCAACAUUUGGAGUAUACAAAAUUGGAUUAUCAAUAGAACAUAUGGAUCUAAAAGACGCACAAUCUUUGGCAUUUGUUACAUCCUGUCUAAAAGAUUCUUCAAUAAUAAUCGGUAUUGAGAUGCUAAAACCUGAAUUCAGUCAAAACCCUUCUACCGCCUUCUCAACCACUCCAUCUUCGUUUAACAACACAACAAACCAAAUUUUUCCUUCAAAAAUAAAGGCCAUCUGGACCGAAGAAUUGCAUAAUCCUACGACUGCCGAUGUUAGAUUUGUUAUUGGUGACCAUGAAUUAUUCGCAAGUAGUUCUAUCCUUGCGAAAAGAUCUAAAUAUUUUAAAGAUAUAUUUGAUGAAAUGAAACGUGAUACAAAAUGUGAAAUUAAUGAAAAUUUCGGCAUUCGUGAAAAAGAAAAAUCCGGUAUUGGUGAAAGUGAUGAGAAACUCUCCAUUCCGGAUGAUGAAGAAAGCUGGUCUUUUGAUGACACUCUUUCAAUAGUUUCUACAACUUCAUCUAAUGAAACCGUAUUCACUUCUUCCUCUAAACCUUCUUCCUUUAAAUCCCGUGAUUUCUGUUAUGAAUUAGUAAUCUCUGAUUUUCCAUACCACUCAGUUCUCCAAUUACUUCAAUUCUUAUACACCGAUGAUCUACCUUUCACUGAUAAAGUUUCUUCUUUCCCCUUCUCCGAUGAAAUAUAUUCCCUAUAUGGUAUCGCUGACAAAUACCAAAUACUUGACCUAAAAUCACAUCUCAAAAAACUUAUUCUCUGUAAUCUUAAAUUGGAAACUUGUGCUGAAAUGUUAUUCAAACACGUUUGGAAAUGGCCUGAAUUAAAACGUGUUGUUAUGCCAUUUGUAGUAAAGUACUUUGCAAAAAUUAAGUGUACGCAAGGUUAUUUAAAUAUAGUAGAAAAGUGUAAAUGUGGGGAAGGUGAGAAUGAGUUUCCAACGUUCUAUGAAUUAAAUUUUGAGAUUUUAAUGGCAACAUUUUCAUGUUCUUGUUAA